AUGUAUCGGCUGGUAUUAAUUUGGGUGGUCUUAUUUUUCACUUGGUGCUCCGCACAAUCCAAUAAGCCUUGUCCGUUAAAUACACUUAAAGAAUAUAAAGAGAGUAAAUCUUUUUUGUCUGGUAUACUUCAAAUCAUUUCUCCUAUUUGCGAUAAUAAUCAUCAACUGGUUACCUGUAAAAACAAACUGAUUGAUGAAACAUGUAAUACCCAUAUAAAGAAUUGCGAUAAUCCCAAUUGGCAUACCGCUCUCUGUCUCGACCAAGUUUGCUACUGCGGGAAUUCUACUGACCCUUAUCUCGCUUCCAUACUUCCAAAAACAUGCACCAAUGCAAGCGAAUGUCCUAAAUGUAGUGGUAACCGUGUGAAAGCGUGUAAAAAUAAGAAAUGUGGUUGUGAUUAUCCGCCCGCAAAACCCCCAGCUCCCUCCUCCUCCGCCUUCUCCUCCUCAUGUGCCAAGCUUCACGAGUCGUGUAGUCAGAAAGGGUGUUGUGAUGGCUAUUGCCAUCAACGGACAUUCAAUGAUCAUCCCACCUGUGAGGUCGUUGCCUUUAACACAGAAGAUUGUUCCAGCGGUAUUCAUUGCCAGGAUACAUCGCAAUGCAUUCGCGGACGGUGCUCACUCCAAUUUCAUUCCGAUUGUGAUUUUGAUGGCGCUGUAUGCCCUUAUGGUUCGCAUUGUGGACCUGUGAAUGUGUUUGUCACGGGCACGAAUAGAAGAUGCGAAUGUGAUCAUUCUUGGGUAGACGGCAAAUGCUACAUCGGAAAACAAUGUGAUCUUGAUUUCUUUGGGGUGAAAGAGCUAUGUCAAUGCCGUCCGGGCAUUGGCGAUUAUUGUUAUGCUGGCACAGGUACCAGUGAAAAAUGCAAAGAAGCGUGUUACGCACACAGACCGGCGUGCAAAACGACUUAUACCGUGAAUUUGGCGGGUUUGCAGGCAUGUAGAACUUUUGAACCCGGCACAUGUAAAAACUACUAUAUGAAUUGGUCAAAUAAAACCAUUGAAAUAACUGAUUCAUUGGCUAGAAGGUUGACUGAGUGUGGUCACAAAAUAUAA